AUGACACCUACAAGUCUUGAGUCUUUGAAGUCUCUAGAGCUCGUAGUCCCGAAUGCAAUUCCUUUUUCUUUGCCCAUAUCUCCAACAUGCUAUGCCGAUGUGCAGGACUCAGAGGCCGAAGGAGGUGCAGACAAGAAAGACAAAGGGCCUGGCAAGGGUGGCAAGAAGUUGACCGUGAGCAAAGAUGGAAACACUGUUUGGGGGCACAGCGCGACUUCGGAGAUCGGGGAUUGGGUCGACGAGACCAAGGUCACAGCAGCCGAGCGUGCCUGGAAUGGCACUUGCUGUGCUUUGCGCACAGCGGCUCAGGAAGUUGUGCAAAGUUGCCAGGCCGGCCUGAACGAGUUCAGAGCGCUUCCAGAGAGGCAAAGCUAUGCGGCCGAGAUGGGAUUGGUUCUUCGGCGCAGUCAAUGGGUGGAGGCCUUCCUUGGGCAGGAAAAGAAUGGCCAGACUUUGGCAUUGCUGAUACAGGAGCAGAAGGAGGGUGCCCAAACUGCGCCCGAGGCGGAGGCUACUCCUGCAGCCGUGCCGGAUAGCAAGACGACUACUGCCGAUUUCGGCGCUGUGUCGCGUGCUGCGCCCUGUGCGUGUUGGCAGCGCCUGGAGACGCUGUCUGACCUGAUGGCGUUGGGGGCAGAGUUCAAGAAAUGCAAAAACAUGCAGGAUAUCAAAAAGAAGAAGGACGAGCUCAUGCAGAAGAAGGGCUACGCAAACGAUCUUGUGUCCGCAGCCAAGGGAGCUGUCAACGAUAUGAUAACAGCAAAGAAAAGAGCUGACCAAGCUCAGAAGCGGCAGGAGGAAAAGGCCAAAAAGGAAGCGGAGAAGCGCAAGCAGGAGGAGCCAAUGAAGAGACGCAAGAAGAAGGUGGGAAAGCAUGCAUUGAUCAACGCAGAGGAUGAAAGCUCCUUUCAAAAUUUUCCCAGGUUCAGUCCGCUUCGCUUUGAUGUGACACAGCCCUUCAUUUACAGGCCGACUCCUCGCACCAUGGACGGGCUCCAGAAGUCUUCAGCGAAAGAGUUUGGAGAUUUCCGCGAGGUCUUCAAGUCAAGCAACCUCCGUGUGACUGAGGGGAAAGCCACCCGCAUCGCUUGCAGUGAAGUGGCUGAUGCUUUUGUCAAGGAGGUGCAAAUGGCAUUGAGUUGCAUCUUUGCUGUUGGAUACAUCGCCGAGAAAGACCCAGCAGAGCCUGCGCCCGGGUCGGGGUCACAGGAUGCCGGUGCCGGUGGCGUGACGGCGAGCAUGGUUGAGAAAGUCAUGAAGCCGCAAUGGUUUGGAAUGGUGCCUGACCAUGUGAGCUUGGGCAGGUAUGAGGCAGGCUUGUUGCCCAUGAUCAAGUGGGUCGCCCAGGGAACUUUCCUUUGCAGCGUGGUGACAUGUGACGAGCUGAUCGCUAAGACGGAUAUGCGAACUGGAGACCUGCAGGCCAAGGUGACUUCGAAGACGGAUACCGUGGCCAAGGAGAGUUUCUUCAUGGGCACCCUCGGUCCAGGUGAUUUCUUGUACGUGCCCGCUGGAGCUUUGGCGAGUGUGCAGGCGAACCGAGGGUUUCAGUUUGAGGUUUGCAGGGUCUGA